AUGGCUAUAUCUUCUCUCUACCCAUUCAAUUCCAUACUUCACUCUCACUCUUCUCAAUCUCUAUAUCUCUGUCAUUCCCUCUUCCAAUCCUAUGGAGACUCACUCUCAAGCAGUCACAGCUUUUUCCAACCAAGAACCCUCAAACGUAGCAGUAGUACUAGUACCACAAGGAUCUUUGUUAUAUCGUCGCACUCCAACCACAAGAUUCUCAAAUCGAAUCGCAGGUCAAGGUAUGGUCAGACAAUGUCCCCUUACGAUAGCGAAGACGACGACAGUGUUGGCAUUGGUGAUGAGGAAGAUGAAGAUGACUCAGAGGAUGAUUGGCUCUCUGAUGACGAUUAUGCAGAAAUAGAAGAUUCUGAUGCUCAUAGUCAGAGAUUUAAGUCACAGGACACAAAACAAGGCAGUCACAGCCAUUUAGAAAGAGAAUUGGAUGUAAGAUCAUCAAAAUCUGAGAAAAUUAAUGGCAAGAACACCUUAUCAAAGAGAAAUAGUGGCAGUUUCUACGGCGUGUCAAGUAAACCAGUAAAUGUUGGUAACAUAGGUGCAGAUGUAAGAAAAAAGGAGGCCGGAAGCCCUGCAAAGGACAGAUUUCAUAGACUAUCAGAAGAAAUAGAUCUCGACGAGAGAUGGUUUCCACUUCUGGAUUACUUGAGUACUUUUGGACUUAAGGAAUCACACUUUAUCCAAAUGUAUGAGAGGCAUAUGCCCUCCCUUCAGAUAAAUGUGGGUUCUGCACGGGAAAGGUUGGAGUUCUUGCUGGGUAUUGGUGUCAAGCAUAGAGACAUUAGAAAAAUACUUAUGAGGCAGCCACAAAUUUUAGAGUAUACUGUUGAGAACAAUCUGAAAUCCCAUGUCACAUUUUUGGCAAGUUUGGGUAUUCCAGAGUCCAGAAUAGGGCAGAUAAUUACUGCCACUCCAUCCCUGUUUUCUUAUAGUGUGGAGAACUCAUUAAAGCCCACGGUAAGAUACCUGCUUGAGGAAGUUGGCAUUAAGAAAGACGAACUUAGUAAAGUUGUGCAGCUAAGCCCUCAAAUCCUGGUUCAGCGGAUUGACAGUUCAUGGAACACACGUUUCAGUUUUCUUACAAAGGAAUUGGGAGCGCCCAGAAGUAGUGUAGUGAAGAUGGUUACAAAACACCCCCAACUUCUUCACUACAGCAUUGAGGACGGAUUACUGCCGAGGAUAAAUUUUCUAAGGAGCACUGGGAUGAGCAAUUCUGACAUAUUGAAAGUAUUGACUAGCCUUGCACAGGUAUUUUCUCUGUCACUUGAGGGGAAUCUGAAGCCUAAGUACAUGUACUUGACCAAUGAACUACGAAAUGAGGUGCAAUCCUUGGCCAAAUAUCCUAUGUACCUAAGCUUGUCUCUAGACCAGAGAAUUCGUCCCCGGCAUAGGUUUUUGGUUGCCCUAAAGAAAGCUCCAAAGGGACCAUUUCCUUUGAGUUCAUUUGUUCCAACUGAUGAAUGCUUUUGUCAGCAAUGGGCAGGGACUAGCUUAGAUAAAUAUCUAGCGUUUCGACAGAGAUUACUACUCAAGGAGUUUGCAAAGAAAUAUGAAAAAAAGUAA